UCUAGUCAGAGGAACUUCCCUUCCAGGAAUCCGGAAGUGGAGCUGCAGAGCGACUGGCAGCGAUUUUGUGACUGACUGCUCUGUGAGGAGGAGUGAAAAAGUCCAGACCAAGAGAGAAGAUUUCAACAACUGUGCAGGCGCAGAGGCUCAGGUGAGGCUUCUGUCCUUCACUCUGGAAAAUCCUGUCUACUUCAUCUCUGCCUCUAACCUGAUAUUGGAGCUUUUCAGGAAGGGCCAUGGCCUUAGCCACAGCUACCAAGAAGAUGAGGGAGGAAGCCACGUGCUCCAUCUGCUUGGAGCUGAUGACAGAGCCUGUGAGUAUCCACUGUGGGCACAGCUUCUGCCGCCGGUGCAUAGAGGGCAUCCUUGAGAACCCACGAGGGACGUCAUCCCUGAGGGAGCCCCAAUGUCCCCUGUGCCGGGCACCAUUUCAAAGGGAGAGUCUCCGAUCCAUAAAGCAACUGGAAAACCUCAUUCAGACUGUCAGGGAGAUAGACAGUGAGAGGCUGUGUGAGGAACACGGGGAGCGGCUCCACCUGUUCUGUAAGGACGACGGGCAGCUCAUCUGCUGGCGCUGUGAGUGCUCCCCCCAGCACAGAGGACACAGCACGGCUUUAGUGGAGGACGUGUAUCCAGGCUACAAGGAAAAGCUCCAGGAGAUUGUGAGAAAAGUGAAGGUAGUGCUAGACCAAUGUAAGAAUGUGGAGUUGUUGAGGAAAGAUGAAAUAAGACAAUGGGAGGAGAACAUAGAGCUUCGGAGAGAAGAAAUGCAGUCUGAUUUACAGAAUCUCCACAACUCCCUCCAUGAAGAUGAAAGGAGACUGGAGAAAGCGAAAGAGCAGCUGCUGAGGAGACGGCAGGAAGGUGAAGCCAGUCUGGUAGAGCAGAGCUUGGAACUUGAGAGCCUUAUGCUGAAAUUAGAGAGGAAAUGUCAAGAAUCAGCCCUGAAUUUGCUGCAGAGUGUGAAAGACACAUUGGAAAGGCAACCAGAUGUGAAGCUGAAAACACCAGAGGACCUCUCUCUGGACCCUCAAACCGUGUACAAUGGUUCUGAGCUUUACUUUUAUUUGAAGAAAGUGUUUAAGUUCUUCCGAGUGUGUCUGUCUGUCAUUUCUAUCACCGACUCCCUGACCACCCUGCGUGUUUCUCUCAACCCUGAGACGGCCUCAUCGUCUACUGCUGAGCUGGUCCGCGCCAAGCAGCGCCCGAACGUGGGGCCCGACCUUGCAUUUCAUUGAAUUUCCACCCAAAGAAGAGCAGAGCUAACCUUUUGUGUGGCUUUGAGUACAAUUCUUCCAGGGAGUUGACAUAGAGCUAAACUAAAAUGUGGAGAAACUGCUGCUUUGUUCGUAGGAUUCCAGAGACCUCUGAAAAUGAUGACAAAGCUUGCCUCCAUUGGCAGAACUGAAUAACCCGAUUCCCUGGACAAAAAGCUCUGUCAUAAAGCCUGAACUCUUUUGUGGCGGCUCCUGAGAGCAAUGUUACAAUUGCCACAAUCUCGCAUCACUAAUAGGUGGCUGUGCUGUCUUGGCACAAUGCUCUCUGCCCCUGUGAGCUGGACUGGACAGUCAAUGACGGGUAAGAUCAGGAAGUGAGUCCUGACAACCUAAGACAGACGCAGUCCCCGAGGGGAUUUUGGUUCCCACCUGUUCAUCCGUGUAAAACAACAGGAACAAACAGGCCUGUGAAUGAUUGAGGCACCACUUAAAUAUGUUGCCAGUAACUAAGCUCAUAAUAAAGGAAUGUAACCAUGGAAACAGACUAUAAUGCGUGUAGUAAACAAAAUAAUCAAACAUAGAAAUAAAUAUAAGCUAAAAAGAUAGUAAUAAUAGAAAAUAUAUAAUCAUAAUAAUGAAUCAGAAGAUCUAGAACACAUUUCCAGCAGGGAAAAUAACAGUAUGAAAUGUUCUUGAUUUAUAUGAUUUUGUGAAAAGAUAAUAAGCAAUAUGUAAUGAUAUGUGUUACGGUGAUUACGUAUACUUUGAUAAUGAUUAACCAGAUUUUGUGCAAAAACAAUGAAAGUAAUUAUAGAGAAAAUGUAUAAAAAGAAAAGCUUGCCUUCAAUAAAUUGCACUCAGAUUUUCACUCUCCCUUGAGUGUGUCUGUGUGUCAUUCUUUCUUGUCCCUCG